UCAAAAUCAGACAUGGCGCGCGUACACACGGUUCCACAAAUUUUACAAAUUUUAUUUUUUUCUACAUUUAUAAUAUGUUCUCUAAGCAGUUUAGUGAGUGCCAAUCGUGAACUUAAUGAAGACAAUUGGAAAGACAUUCUUGAGGGUGAAUGGAUGGUGGAAUUCUACGCCCCAUGGUGUCCCGCUUGCAACGCUCUCGCGGCCGCGUGGAAGGAACUCUCCACCAUAGCAACACGUAAGAAUCUGGGAGUAAAGACCGCUGCCGUGGACGUCACCCAGUCGCCGGGGCUCAGCGGACGGUUCAUGGUCACAGCACUGCCUACCAUAUUCCAUGUUAAAGAUGGCUCGUUCCGUCAAUACAAAGGUCCCAGAGAUGUGGAGUCAAUGCUCUCCUUCGUGGAGACCCGUCGCUGGCAGCAGACUGAGCCUGUGCCAGGGUGGAAGGCCCCGGAUUCCCUGCAGAUGACUCUUGUAGCAGAGUUCUUCAAACUCAGCCAGGCACUAAGGAGUGUGCACACGAUGCUUAUGGAGACUUACGGCCUUCCAACGUGGGGAUCCUAUCUGAUAUUCGCUGUGGCUACCAUCUUCAUUGGAGCUAUCUUGGGUUUGGUAUUAGUGUGCAUUAUAGACUUGUUAUACCCGCCUCGUCGCUCCGACAAGGUUCUAGUGUCGCAAGCGCAACUGGACAAGGCGAAGGAGGACGCAAGGAAGGCUGAAGAAGAGGAGCUUAUCAACGAAGACAUAGUGGAUGAUAAUGAGACCGCUGGUAGUGACGCUGAGAAGAACUCUGCUAGUGACUCGUCGGAGGGCGGCGGCGCGGCGGCCGGCUCGGGCGGCGACGCGCGCGAGGUGCGCAAGCGCAGGCCGCGCAAGGCUGAUUAGAUUACAACCGGCAUUUCAACCGCUACACCAUUGGGGGAGGGCUCGUUUUCAUAUACCUAUAUAUCAACAUAUAUAUUUUUGACCAACGUCAAAAAUGUUAAUUUAAUAAAAUGUAUAGGUUACUUGUAAAACGUUUACCAUUUAGCACGACAGGCUAUGACGCUAAAUGAGAAUUCGCGUUUCGCAAAAUGUGCAUUUUGUCAAAAGUGGUGCUUGUCAAUUUUGUGAACUACAAAAUGAGCAUUUCGCAAAAUGUGCACUUCGCGUCGGACCCAGAUUUUUUUUUCAAUACAACAUUUAUACAAUCUAAAAUUAGUUGUAUUGAAUAAACUUUUGGGUGGAUGGAAAUGACUGAUAUUAUUAUUAGAUGAAAGUGAGCCUUUCUCUGACGAGUGAAUACGUAAAAAUUAUUCGCUAUUUCAACCCCAACCACAAUACAGUAUUUUUUCUACAAUUGGAAAUAAAUAGUUGAUUUAAUUUCAUAUAGAUACAUAACACUCUUUUUAACUUAUUGGUUAAAGACCUUGACUAACUGUGUUGAUUUAGCAAAUAAUUUAUUUAAUAAAAUAAAAGUAUAAGAGAUAUAAUUUCCUACUAUCUAUCUUAUGCACAGCGUGUUUUUAAGAAGUCUCAUUCGACAGUAUGACAGAAUCUUAUACAUUUGUCAUUAGAGCAAAAAAGACAAAGGUAGGAUAUUUCAAAAUCCUCUUAGAAAAAAAAACGUUGCUAAAAAUCCCUAAACCGUUAUUUCGUAAGUCGAAAAAAAAACUUAUGUAUUGCAAUUUGAAUCAAAAUGGAUUCGAUCUUUUGUGUAAUUAAUAAGUUAAUAUAAAUGAGUAAAAUACGUGAUUUGUAAUUGUUAACUCCUAAAAAUUUAAGUUUAAAUAUAUAUAGAGAAAAAAUUUUAGCCACAUACGCGCUUAGUAUUUCAAUGAAGACGCAUUUCAAAUUAAUUUUUCAAAACAAAAAUUUUACAAUCUCCUAUUUAUUGUUUUAUAAUCAUUCUAGUUCUAUAUGUAAUUCAAAAAUUUUUAACACAAUUUGCAAUAACAUAAAAAUAAAUGUUUUAUGUCCAUUUUCUUUGUUUUAUUAAUUUUAAUACAGCCUCAUUAACUCUAUUAGUUUGGAUUAAAUCAAAUUUGACAUGCAUCUUCCUGUUUUAAUGAUAGCAGAUAGUACUAUUGAAAAAUCACAAGAAUGGCCUUAAAAAGACUUACCAAAGUCGGGUUAAUUGCCGUAGAAUAUCUGCAGUAUAUAAAUAAUAUCAGUGCUUACAUAAAUAUAACAAACAAAAUCUAUACUUAUUGAAAAAUUUACUUAUGUAGCUGUUUCAAGUCACCCACAAGAAUACCAAUGCUAAAAUUUAGAACUAAACAUUUUUAAUACGUAGCAAAGGAAAUUAGUUUUUUAUAAAUUAAACAGUGUGAUAAAAUAUUUAUAAAAUGUUGAAUUUGCACUUUUCAAUGAUCAUCAAUUGACUUUGUGAUCUUCAUCUCUGUUUUUACAAUGUGCUUUCGCUUAGACGGCUGUAAAAAAUGGGUCACUGACUUUGAUAAGAUAAAGAUUAUGUCUCAUUGUAACCAAAUUUCUAAUCAAAGUUUGUAAAUAACCCAAAGGGUUACAGUAGUACUCACACUUAGGACACUCCAAAAGAUAACAAUUAAAAAAACAAAAGACACAAUAAAUUAUGUUGUGUUCCGGCUGUGGCGAAUGUUUAUAGUAUUAUAAAACCGAAGGAAAAACUUAAUAUCUACCUCCAAAUGCAUUUCUAAACAUUAAUAUUGCGAAUAAAACAUCGUAGAAAGAUGUAGUCUCUGUCUAUUCCUCCGGGAAAUAGCGAGUAUGUAAUGUAUGGAGUGUCCAACGUUCAAUUUUACUAAUUCAGUUUUUAAUAAAGUAUUGAGUAGUUUUUGCACAGAAAUCUGAAUAAAUAUUUUUAUUCAGAUUUGUACAUGUUUAAUAGAGUUCGCAAUUUAGUGGAGUGAAAUUUUUUUCGCACCAAAAUUUUACUUAUUUUAGUUUUUAGCCUGUAAUCAGUAUAAUAUUUUCUUUUACCUACAAUUACAAUUAAUUUAACUGAACGUUGCGUUUUGUUUCACAGAAUGUCGUCAGUGAGAAGAUUGAAGUUUCAAAAACAUUUUCUAUUGAUGUAACAUAGUUUUGUACAUUCCUUCUUGUUACCUUUUUAAAGCGGUUAAUAUGUAUGAAAUUAAUUGAAUAUUUUCCAUAAAUGUAUUACUGCUUUAAAAAGGUUAAAAGCUCAAAGUCGUGUACUUACUAAUAUAUACAAACAUGGCUUAUAUAUUUAUGUAUGUAUGAUAAUACUCACGCCUAGAACAUUUUUUAUAUAAUUUUAUUAAUUAAUUUCACGAAUGGUUAACACGAGUGUAAAUUUUAAUGUUGUAAGUACGGCAGUGUUGAACGGAAAGCAAAUAGUUGGGUACCUUAUGCAGAGAGUUGAUGCAGAUGUUAAUAGUUAAAUUUUGACAUAAUAAAUAAAUUGCUCUUGGACGCUCGUUCAUAAUCCUGGCUGGAAUCAUGAUCUGACUUGAUCGAAAUAAGCUAGUCAAUGGACUGAAAACCGGACCCAUUGUGUGGCAUUUUAGUGAAACGUCGCAGACAAGGGAAAUGAGAGAUAGGUAACUAAAAGGGGAGAAAGUCAGAAGGCGAAUUCCUUGCCCUGAAACACUUCUAUGGAGGAUGCAACCGGCAAAAUGCAGAGGAAAUAAAUUGCUCAAUAUAGACAAUUUUACUUUACGUUUCUGCCUUAUUAUGAGAGCUUUUUAACAAUAAAUUACCAGCUACCUACUUCUUUUAUUAGGACUUAUAAUUAUUUGUUUUCCGUUGAACAAUUAUGAAUAAUAAUAAAACAUAAAAUCGCCUUGUACAAAGACUUGAGAUCGUUUGAAGUUGCUUUUAUGUAUAAACUAUUGAAUAGUGUCUUGCUGAUUAAAUUGUAUUUACAAC